GCGUAUCGUUCACUUGUCAUAACCUCGCGUCUUAGUUCACAUUUUAAACCCGACGGAGCAAAUUCUCUUCAAAAUCAUAACUAAUUCUUUCUCAAAAAUUAUUGAGGAUUAAAUGAAGGAUCCGAAGGAGUUGUGCGUGAGCCCUGGGAUGGUAUAGGCGUCGAAUUUAGCUGAAAGUUUAAGUGUGAUUUGUAAAAAAACGGCCACAACACAAGCCAGCGCUUCCUCGCGACAGCGUGAAAGGACAUCGAGGUCUUUUGUAUGGACUUGGAUAGAAAUCUUUCCUGGUUUCAUAGAAAGCUUGGAAGGUAUGACAAAGCUUCUUGGGAAAGAACCUUUGAGGAACAAGAACAAGAACAGAGCUCCCUACAAAUCACAAAGAAACCUGGAAGUUUAAAACCUGAGCUGAUAGAUGUCGAUCUUGUUGUGGGAUCAACAUUCCACAAAGCCAAACCAGUUCACACAUGGCUCGCAGUUGCCAGGAAAGGAAUCAUCCGGGUCAUCCUGUAUCCAUUUUAUCAUCAAUGGUGGAAACAGCAGACCUCUACAAAGCUCUUCUUCGUUUUUCUCUUUCUGUAUUUUUGUGAGAUUCUUGUCCUCAUUGUGUAUCUGACCGACUAUGAGAGUCGUAUGAAGGUUGUCUCAUGGACAGAGGCAUAUGGACCUGGACUGAUGAUGAUAUUGCUUGGCAUGCUCCACUUCCACUUGGUAUCUACAGACCAUUCCGAGAAUAUCCGAAGGAGAAGAAAAACUAAACACAUUAAAAAGCGACGUAGCAGCAGAACAAAGCGUCAAUCGAGCUGUGAGCGCGACAAAGCAAAGAAUGGUUUGAUUGAAAAUGUGGCUUCAUUAGGUGUGAAUUGCACCACAGUGAGAAGGAGAAAUGGCAACAGUAACCUCAGUGACCAAGAUAUGGAUGCCUUACAUGACAGCAGAUCAGCGGAGAUGAACGGCUCAGUCCCCACACAGCAAGACCAGGAGCAUGAUGGUUACCGCUCAGAGGAUGAGGAUUCAGAGAGUAGCGACUCCACAGACUCCACCUCUGAGAGUGACGUUAGUGAGAUGGUUAUGGAGAGUACUAACGAGGAGGACCCAUUUGCAUGGGAUAAGAAGAGUGGUGACAGCGAUGUCAGUAUUCCACCCCCACCCAUCGCAGAGAGAGUGAUGGUAUCAGUAUGGGAGGUGAAGCAACUGAAGAAAGCUCAGAUGACCCUUAUGGAGAUCAGCGCUGUCAUAGCGGCCAAAGUGGAGGCACAUAAGGGCAGUAAUGGCUAUAUCCACUUCAGCUGUUUUGUUUCUGUGGUGCUUGCUCUAGUGCCUCUGCUCUUCAGACUCAACAACACAAAGGACGUGCUGGACGACUCGUUGGGGGAGAUUUUGUGUGUCAUGUUCGGUUACUCAGCUUGGUCGCGUUUCAUCGUAGCGGCCAGUAUCUUCGAGCGUAUCAUCCUAAGUUUUUCUUUCUUCUUUCUGCUUUGUGUGGCCGAAAGGUCAUAUCGAGAGCGGUGUCUAUAUGCCAAGCUGUUUGGCUGGUUGACCUCGUCACGUAAGGCGCGAAGGGCGGGCCUGCCCCACUUUAGGCUCCACAAAGUCCGUAACAUCAAGACCUGGCUCUCGCUGCGCUCACUUCUCAAGCGCCGUGGGCCUCAGCGGUCAGUAGACAUGAUUGUCUCGUCGUCCUUUGUUCUUGGGAUUUCACUUGUCAUCAUCAUGUGUGUCCAGCUUGUCAAAGGGUCCGAGAAAGAGCGAUUCCUGUCGCUGCUUUUCAACUGGGAGGUCUCAGUCUGGUUCUUGGUUCUCUCUGUUUACGUGCUGCGCUUCAUGACACUCGGCUCCAAAAUCAACCGGAAGUAUCGAAACACGUCUGUUGUACUCACGGAACAGAUCAACCUGUACCUGCAGAUGGAAAAAUCCCCGCACAAGAAAGACGAGCUCAUGAUCGCGCAUAACGUGCUCAAGCUUGCCGCUAAACUACUCAAGGAAAUUGAAAGUCCAUUCAAGUUAUCCGGUCUGUCCAUGAACCCACUCUUGUACAACAUCACUCGUGUCGUGGUGCUGUCGCUUUUCUCCGGCGUCAUGUCGGAUCUGCUCGGAUUCCGACUCAAGAUUUGGAAAAUCAAGGCCUAACCAUCCUUUCGCCGCCGCACUGACCUAACAGAAAGUAAACGUUCUAUUGGAGGUUAGACAGAUCAUGUUAGCGGUCACCCUGUUGUGUUAUUAACCAGCCCCCCACGCAUGCUUGAUUGCCACAGGGAUUCCACUACAAAUAUAGUUUUGUUUUGAAGGCACGAUUCUUAGCAGAUUAGGUUUUAAAAAGAGUUUAUUUUGUUAUGUCAUUAUUUAUUGUACAGUAUACAGAUUAAUUUAUAGUAAUUUAUAUACACGGCCGAAAAAGGGGUUGUGAAACCACAGGCAUCCCACCCGUUUUAGUUUUCUUUUUCUUUUUUUUUUUGUAUAAGAUGGUUAUUUUGUUUGUUUUUGUUUAACGACACGUUCUUGCGUUUUUCUGUUAAUUACUCCAAUAUGCUUUUAGUCGUCUCGUUUUUUUAGACUUUAAAGAACAUCUGUCAGCCACCAUUGUUGUCAUCCCAGAAAAGUGAAAAAUCAUCCAUUUUCAUCGGCUCAAUUCGGGAGGCUGUUGCGACAUUGGUUAAUGAAUUUGGUUAAUGCAGUAUAAAGUUUUGCUUUUUAGUUGUUUUGGGAUGUUUUUCUCAUAAUUUGCCUCUUGGCUGAUAACAAUUAGAAAGGUGUGGCUGACAAUGGUUCUUUAAUGCCAAUAGUUCUCUAGUACCUGAAGACGAAGCUUGCUCCGAAAGUAACCUAAGAAGUCGAGAAUCAUUUACUAUAAUUUCUUAUAAUUGCGCCGUGGUUUAUUUGAAACCCACUGCCAAUCGACUGCAAAAACGUCUCGAGGAAGUGAUUGUCCUUAUUGCGACGAGCACUCGUGACCACAAAUCUAUCAGUAUCAGAACUGUAUAUUUCUUAUUAAAAGAAGCAUGUGCACGCAUUCCUUACUAAGGAAUAGUAAGAAAAAGCGUUUUCGCUCUAGUGUAUUUUACAGUACGACGCGCGCUACCGUGGCCACCUUGACAUAUUUUGAAGUAGCCCAAUAAGGAUGUGAGAAACGUGCUAUCGUUGAUAUUAACGUCACUAGCCAAUCAGCGUGACGAAAAAACAGAGCAUGAGCAACUUCGUAGUUGAAAAUCACCUAUUAAAGAAGUCCAAUUACGCCGCCAUUUUAUGCUCCCGCUCAAUAUGGAGUCACACAAAGCAUCCAUUUCCAUCGGCUAAUUCAAGCAGGUUACUGAAAUACUUUAAAUAAAACAUCGUUAAUAAGAUUUUAAAAACUUCAAUCGUGGGCUGUUAUUUCGCAGUUUUCUUGCAAAUAAACGGAUGUAUUUUCAGCUGUAAACAAUAAUAAAGGAGUGGUUGAUCGACAUUCUUUAAUUGGUAAACUUCCUUAAAACUUUGUCUUGGUGGCCAAUGUAGCACUCAUCGCACCAUAAUAAUAUUUAUUAGUUAAAACUAUCAGAGGAAAGCUCGGUUAACGAGGGAUUUAUGAAACUUUUAUCCCCAUCUCAACUGUAUUAUUUCAUGUAAAUAACAAAAGCAUGAUUAUUGAUUAUAUGAUUAUUAUAUUGGUUAUUAUAUAGGGCACAAUGCCGUUGCUAUGAAUUGCCUUGAAUGAUUAUGGAUCGUGUCCGGCAAAUGUCCGGUAUAAGUCCACUUAUCUCAAAUCAUUGUUAUUGCUGGUGCACCUUGUGAGCUUGCGAGUGUAUUUUGAUAAAUAUAUUAUUCUAGCUAUUGAAAAA